AUGGAGGGAUCAUAUAGACUUUACCAGAUUAGCAUCCAAACCAUCAAGCAUCAGAAUGGAACGACCAUCUCGAAUGAGGAAGAACGCCUUGACCGGUGGGCUGAACACUUUGAACAACAAAUGUCUUGGCCACCAGCCGGCACUCAUCUACAGCCCACAGGUGAAGUAGAACCCUGGACGGUGAACGUGGAACCACCUACGGCCUCAGAGGUUUACGACUGCAUAUGUUCUCUCAAGCGCCACCGAGCUCCCGGAUGGGGACCGUGUGAUCCUCACUGUGCCUGGUUGGAGACACUACAAGAUAUGGCUGCCAACCAAAGUCAGUGGCGUUCCUGUUGUCAGUUUCUAUCCAGAUUGCCUGAGCCUUCAAAUCAGUCAUGGUUGUACGGCAGUGAAGCAUCGGUGUUGGACACUGAUGUCAAGCUGUCGAUGAUGAGGAUGAUGAUGAGAUUAGCAUGA